AUGGGACAGUUCAACCUGGCUGGCUUUGGUCAGGGACGGAGACCAAACUUUGGAGGAAAUCCCUUCCUAGCUGCAGCGGGGGGACCAGGACUGGGAGGACCCAGAUUUGGAGGACUUGGGGGCCUGGGAGGUCAGCCUAGAUUUGUAGCGAGAGGCCAGCCUCAGUUUGGAGCAGGAGGUUUCGGAGCAGCUCUGGGAGGCCGAGGCUUUGGGGUGCCACAGGGUCCAGGAGGCUUCUCCGCCUUGGCCGGAGGCUUCCAGCCGCAGCCACAAACAACCACGCCUCCACCGACAACCACGCCACAGGAUCAGAAGAAGCUUGUCGACAUGCUGGUGAAUGUAAUCAGCAGAAACCACGAGCUUCACAUGAAGAGCGAUAAAAAGAAUGCCAACGACGCAGGGCCCACGGAUGGAUCAACGGAGGCUGAGAAGAAACCCUCAAAGGUCCAGGCUAUCAUGGAUGCAGCAGCACAGUUCAACGCUGCUCAUUAA